CGGUGCGCUGACCCGCAUCCGCGUAGUGUUGUCGCAGCGACGGGCAGGCUACUGCGUCGCUCCGUCGCGGCUUGCUUUGCCGAGCAUGCCUCGCCGCGGCACCAGAGCCCGCUGGAUGGGCGUCCUGGUCCUGGUGCUCUGCGGCUGCGGGCAGGCCAGCCAGCCGACCACCCCUGCGAAGUCGCCGCCGUCUGCGGCGAUGCCGUCCCCGAUGUCGCCUGCUCCGACUGCCAAGGCGAAGACGGUGAUGUACUACGACGGCAAGACGAUCGCCCGGGUGGAGUACGGUGCCGACGGAGUCACGCUGCAGACCUGCCGCCUCUUUGAGCUCGACGAUGAGCGUGAGGCCGAGCCAAUCAUCAAAGCGCAGGGCCUGCCCGUGCAGCAGGUGGAAUUCCCGACCAUGCUGAGCCUGAUCUCGAAGUGCCGGGACCUGCACGACUGGUCCGCCAGCACCAACAGCACGCCGCAGUGGAGCGCCUCGAGCAUCUGGAGCGGAAUCAUACCAGGCACCAAGUGGUGCGGCCUGGGGGACAUCGCGUCUUCGUACGAAGACCUGGGCUCCCAAGUGACCGUGGACGUGUGCUGCCGCGCGCACGACCAUUGCCCGGUCAAGCUCAAGGCAUUCCGCACGGGAUACGACCUGGUCAACUUCUCCCUGUACACCAAAUCGCAUUGUGACUGCGACCGCGACUUCUACAACUGUCUGCGGCGGGCAAAGAACCACAUAGCGGACGCCAUUGGCAACGUGUACUUCAACGUCAUCAAGGUGCCUUGCAUCCGGAAAGUGCGCAAGCCUGUGUGCACUGACAGGGGUCGCAGGUUCAGCCGCAGUGAGAGCAGCUGCGAAACCUGGGCCUAUCAGGAGCUGGGCAUGCAGUUUGUGCCCACCGAGCAUCACUACCCCUGACUGAGCACUCGACGGCAAACACGACUGGACCAUCACUGCCGACCUCCACUGGAAGCUGCCGAAAUUGUGUAAAUAAACAAGAACCGUUGCGCAUCUUUGCAACUGUGGCGCCUCGUG